UAAGUCUUGCAGCUAGCACCACCCUUUCUUUACACACACUAUAUAUAUUUGUGUGUGUUUUUUAUUGAAAUAAAAAAAGUCAGUCAGUUAAACAGGCGUGCAAUAUAUACAAGUGUUAGUAAGUGUAGACAUCAGUGAUUGAAAUGGAAAGGGAAGAGGCGGUGGAAAAGGAAGGCAGAACGGUGCCGUUUCACCGGCUGUUCGCCUUUGCUGAUCCUGUGGAUCAAGUGUUGAUGAUAGUUGGUUCAGUGGGUGCCGUUGGGAAUGGAGUGUGUAUGCCUCUUAUGACAAUCCUUUUCGGGGAUCUCAUCGAUUCUUUCGGCCAAAACCAAAACAACGAUGUUGUUUCCGUUGUCUCAAAGGUUGCACUAAAGUUUGUGUAUUUGGCUAUGGGAUGUGGCGUGGCAGCAUUUCUUCAGGUGGCUUGUUGGAUGAUUACCGGAGAAAGGCAGGCUGCAAGAAUUAGGAGUCUAUAUUUGUCAACAAUUUUGAGGCAAGAUGUUGCUUUCUUUGAUAAAGAAAGCAAUACAGGAGAAGUGGUUGGAAGAAUGUCUGGUGACACUGUGCUUAUUCAAGACGCCAUGGGUGAGAAGGUUGGCAAGUUCAUUCAACUAGUAUCAACAUUUUUGGGAGGCUUUGUGAUCGCUUUUAUUAAAGGAUGGCUGCUCACGCUCGUCAUGCUAUCAUCCAUUCCUCUAAUGGUGAUAUCAGGAGGUGUCAUGUCGCUACUCCUGUCGAAGAUGGCGUCUCGUGGCCAAGAAGCGUAUGCUAAGGCUGCAACUCUAGUUGAACAGACGAUUGGCUCGAUCAGAACGGUUGCGUCGUUUACUGGGGAGAAGCAAGCUGUGGCUGACUAUGACAAGUCCCUCGUCAAGGCCUACAAAUCAGGGGUGCACGAAGGGUUGGCGAAUGGGCUGGGGCUCGGAUCAGUCAUGUUCAUUGUAUUCUGCAGUUAUGCUCUGGCUAUCUGGUUUGGAGGCAAGAUGAUCUUGGAGAAGGGAUACUCUGGGGGCGAGGUGAUCAACGUGAUCAUCGCCGUGCUUACUGGUUCAAUGUCUCUUGGACAAGCAUCUCCUUGCAUGUCAGCAUUUGCUGCGGGACGAGCAGCAGCGUACAAGAUGUUUGAGACGAUAAAGAGGAAGCCCGAGAUAGAUGCAUACGACACAAGUGGGGAGAUGCCAGACGACAUUCGUGGGAAUAUAGAGUUUAGAGACGUCCAUUUCAGCUAUCCAGCUAGGCCUAAUGAGCAGAUAUUCAGAGGCUUAAAUCUGUCGAUUUCGAGUGGUCUGACAGUGGCUCUGGUUGGGCAGAGUGGAAGUGGGAAAUCAACUGUGAUAAGUUUGAUAGAGAGGUUCUAUGACCCUCAGCAUGGUGAAGUUUUGAUUGAUGGCAUCAAUCUGAAGCAACUCCAGCUUAAGUGGAUUAGGUCCAAAAUAGGGCUUGUAAGUCAAGAGCCUGUGCUUUUCACAGCUAGUAUUAAAGAUAAUAUUGCAUAUGGAAAGGAUGGUGCAACAGUUGAGGAAAUCAGGGCAGCAGCAGAACAAGCCAAUGCUGCUAAAUUCAUAGAUAAAUUGCCCCAGGGACUUGAUACCAUGGUAGGUGAACACGGAACUCAGCUUUCGGGGGGACAGAAACAACGAGUAGCCAUAGCUAGAGCGAUCUUGAAGGAUCCGAGGAUUCUAUUGUUGGAUGAGGCUACAAGUGCACUAGAUGCAGAAUCAGAAAGAGUAGUGCAGGAGGCAUUAGACCGAAUAAUGGUGAACAGAACAACAGUAGUUGUUGCACAUCGGUUGAGCACAAUUAGGAAUGCCAAUAUGAUCGUUGUCAUUCACCAAGGCAAGGUGGUUGAAAAAGGGACACAUUCUGAACUACUGGAAGAUCCUGAGGGUGCGUAUUCUCAGCUCAUACGCUUGCAGGAAGUAAACAGAGACACAUCAGAGCAUGUCAAAGGCAAAGAAAGAUCAGAAACAAGCGUGGAUUUGGAGAGAUCACAGUCAAGUCGAAGGAUGUCACUCACACGUUCCAUGAGUCGAGGCUCAUCUAGCAGCCGUCACCACUCACUGCCAUUCACAAUUGGCCUACCUGCAACAACACUGAACGUCUCCGAAUCUGUACUAGAGAAAUCAGAUCAUGAAUCAUCAGAAAAGCCUCCAAAGGUCCCUCUCCGCCGCCUAGCCAAUCUCAACAAGCCAGAAAUACCAGUGCUCAUAGCAGGAGCCGUCUUCGCCAUAAUAAAUGGUUCUAUAUUGCCAAUCUUCGGCAUACUAAUAUCUAGCGUGAUCAAAUCCUUCUUCGAGUCCCCAAGUGAGCUGCGCAAAGACACAAAGUUUUGGGCCAUCAUAUUCAUGGUGCUCGGGGUGGUGUCUCUGAUCGCAUAUCCAGCAAGGACAUAUCUCUUUGGCGUGGCGGGAAACAAGCUGAUCAGAAGGAUUAGGCUGAUGUGCUUCGAGAAGGUUGUGAAUAUGGAGGUGGGGUGGUUUGAUGAGGGAGAGCACUCAAGUGGGAUCAUCGGAGCGAGGCUGUCUGCUGAUGCUGCUACCGUUAGAGCUCUGGUUGGCGACGCGCUUGCGCAGAUGGUUCAAGAUUUGUCAUCAUUGGUUGCUGGGUUAGCCAUUGCUUUCCAAGCUAGCUGGCAAUUGGCUCUGAUCAUCCUGGUGAUGCUGCCUUUGAUCGGAGCGAAUGGGUAUGUGCAGAUCAAGUUCAUGAAAGGAUUCAGCGCAGAUGCGAAGGCUAUGUACGAGGAGGCGAGCCAAGUGGCGAAUGACGCAGUGGGUAGUAUAAGGACGGUUGCUUCCUUUUGUGCGGAGGAGAAGGUAAUGGAAAUGUAUAGGAAGAAAUGUGAAGGGCCUAUGAGCAGUGGGAUUAAGCAGGGGUUGAUUAGUGGAGUAUGUUUUGGGAUAUCCUUUGCCCUUCUCUUUCUGGUUUACGCUACCAGCUUUUAUGCUGGAGCUCGACUCGUUGAAGAUGGCAAAAUCACUUUCUCUGAUGUAUUUCGGGUUUUCUUUGCACUAACCAUGGCGGCACUAGCAAUCUCUCAAUCCAGCUCUUUCGCACCAGAUUCAAGCAAAGCCAAGGUUGCAGCAGCUUCAAUAUUCACCAUUCUCGACAGGGAAUCGAAGAUCGAUCCUAGUGCUGAAUCUGGAAUCAAAUUAGAUAGCGUCAAGGGAGAGAUCGAGCUCAAACACGUGAGCUUUAAGUACCCGACCCGCCCCGAUGUACAGAUCUUCAGAGACCUCUCCUUGACGAUCCAUGGCCAAAAGACAGUAGCUCUGGUUGGAGAGAGCGGGAGCGGCAAAUCAACGGUGAUAUCACUGUUACAGAGAUUCUACGAUCCUGAUUCAGGGCGCAUAACCCUAGACGGCGUCGAGAUCCAAAAAUUCCAACUGAAAUGGCUGAGGCAGCAGAUGGGGCUGGUGAGCCAAGAGCCGGUGCUCUUCAACGACACGAUCCGAGCCAACAUAGCCUACGGGAAGGAAGGGGAGGCGACGGAGGCAGAAAUCAUCGCGGCGGCGGAGCAGGCGAAUGCGCACAAAUUCAUAAGCGGGCUGCAACAAGGGUACGACACGGUGGUGGGGGAGCGCGGGGUGCAGCUGUCAGGGGGGCAGAAGCAACGCGUGGCGAUCGCGCGGGCAAUCGUUAAGAGCCCGAAGAUUCUGCUGCUGGAUGAGGCGACGAGCGCACUAGACGCAGAGUCGGAGAGAGUGGUGCAGGACGCGCUCGAUCAGGCGAUGGUGAACCGGACGACGGUGAUUGUGGCGCAUCGGCUGUCCACGAUCAAGACGGCAGAUUUGAUAGCGGUUGUCAACAACGGAGUGAUUGUGGAGAAAGGGAAGCAUCAGAGCUUGAUUAACAUCAAAGAUGGAUUUUACGCCUCAUUAGUUGCGCUUCAUAUCACUCCUGCGAAACAGUAAUUUUUACUUCGUUAAUUUUUUUGUUUUCAAUCUUAGGCCUUAGCUACAAAAUGUAAUGCAUCAUCUCUGAGGCAAUUUUUAUUCUGUGCAACCAAGAUUAAAUUAGUUAAAUAAAAACAAAAUGGUACUUAUAUAGAGAUAAUAUACUCCAUUUGAUUAGUGGCCAA